AUGAAGGCAACAAUCGGAGUUUUGGCUCUAGCCUUGAUCGGUUGUGCCCAAGCAAGGAUCACUCAUCAGGAUGUCCUGGACGCGGAGUUUGAAUCAUUCAAAGUGGAGCACCAAAAAAGCUACGAUGGCGACUACGAAGAACAGUUGCGCAAGCAGAUCUUCAAGGACAACAAGGAGGUGAUUGAUAGGCACAACGAACGAUAUGCCGCCGGUGAGGAGACCUACGAGAUGGGCGUAAAUCAAUUUGCGGAUUUGCUGCCGUCAGAAUUCGAAAGUCGUGUGCUUACCAAAUUGAACAUGAGUGAAAGUGCUGCCAAUAUCGAUUAUACGUAUUCACCAAGGAAUCUUACGCUUCCCAGUUCCAUUGAUUGGCGUGCCAGCGGAGCCGUUACCGCAGUGAGGCAACAGUCUACUUGCGGCUGCUGUUAUGCAUUUUCCGCUGUCGCCGCACUCGAGGGUCAUUACUUCCUUAGAACUAGACGAUUGAAUAUACUUUCCCCUCAGAAUCUGGUGGAUUGUUCCGUGCCAUAUGGGAACACUGAAUGCAACGGUGGAUGGCCAGCAAACGCAUGGGCAUACGUCAGGGACAAUAAAGGUAUUGAUACGGAAAGGGCAUAUCCUUAUUACGGACGCUAUUUGAAUUACUGUUACUUUAAACGUGAUGGCAUUGGCGCCACGCUUAGAAGUGUGGUCAAUGUGCCAAGAAGUGAGCAAGCCUUGGCCGAAGUUGUCGCCACUAAGGGUCCGGUUGCAGUGGUCAUCGAUGCAACCCGAAUGCAGUUUUAUAAUGGCGGUAUCUUCAGUGAUCGCUACUGCAAUCAACCAGUAAAUCAUGUCGUUACUAUUGUUGGAUACGGCCCCAAUUAUUGGCUCAUCAAGAAUUCCUGGGGUAAUUGGGGAGAACAAGGCUACAUGCGUCUUGCUCGUAACUACAACCUCUGUCAGGUGGCCAACUAUGCCGUCUAUCCAGUUGUCGUAGCUCUAUUAUUUUUGGCCCUGAUCGGAGUCACCCAGGCAUCGGGUCUAUCGAGCUACUUAGGACAGUAUGAGUCCUUUAAAGUAGAGUAUAAUAAAGUCGACAAGGAUUUCAGGGAGGAGCGAGAGCGCCUGUUUGUUUUUCUGAACAACAUGCAGACUAUUACUGAACACAAUAAACGUUAUGCAGCCAAAAAGGAGACCUACGAAAUGGGGGUGAAUCAAUUUACGGAUCUGCGACCCGAGGAAUUCGAAAGACUUAUGCUCUCAAGCAUCAAUGUCACUGACUUGGAAUCUGACAUCGAUUACACUUUUAGUGCUUCCGAAAAUGUAUCCAAUCCGACUAGUAUUGACUGGCGUGCCAGGGGUGCAGUUACCCCUGUCAAGAACCAGGGCUCCUGUGGCUCCUGUUGGGCUUUCUCUGCAACCGGUGCCCUGGAGGGUCAUCACUUCAUUAAGACCCGUCAGUUGGUAUCCCUCUCCGAACAGAAUUUGGUGGACUGCACCAGAGGGUCUCCUUACAAUAACCAAGGCUGCAGAGGAGGCUGGCCAUCUAGCGCGUUGACCUAUGUUAAGAACAACGGUGGCAUAAAUACCGAGAAAUCGUACCCCUAUGUAGGUAAGGACAUGAGGUGCCGCUUCGAUAAAAACAACAUUGGGGCCAAGGUCGUUCGUGUUGUCGGAAUUAAAAGUAGUGAUGAAUCGCAAUUGACCAAAGCAGUUGCCGAAAAGGGUCCAAUUUCUGUGGCUGUCGAUGCAAGAUUAUUUCAACAUUAUAGAGGUGGCGUCUUUAAUCAAGCGUCGUGUAUUGGACGUGUGAACCAUGCUGUUCUUGUCGUUGGCUACGGUUCCGAUAAAAACGGAGGCGACUACUGGAUAGUUAAGAACUCCUGGGGAACGAAUUGGGGAGAAAAUGGAUACAUUCGCAUGGCUCGCAAUCGGAGAAAUCAGUGUAAAAUUGCCAGCUAUGCAGUUUACCCCCAUCAGUUUGAAAAGUGCAACUGCAACAUGAAGGCAAAAAUCGGCAUUUUGGCUCUCCUCCUAAUCGGUUGUGUUCAGGCAAGGAUCACUUACCAGGAUGUCCUGGAUGCGGAGUUUGAAUCCUUUAAGGUGGAGCACCAGAAAAGCUACGACGACGACUAUGAAGAACAGUUGCGCCAGCAGAUCUUCAAGGACAACAAGGAGCUGAUCGAUAGGCACAACGAACGAUAUGCCGCCGGUGAGGAGACCUACGAGAUGGGCGUAAAUCAAUUUACGGAUUUGCUGCCUUCAGAAUUCGAAAGUCUUAUGCUGACCAAAUUCAACAUGAGUGAAAUGGAUGCCAAUAUCGAUUAUACGUAUUCACCGAAGAAUCUUGAGGCGAGCGGCGCAGUGGAUUGGCGGGCCAAGGGAGCCGUUACCGCAGUGAAGCAACAGGCACAUUGUGGGUCCUGCUGGGCAUUUGCCGCUGUCGCCACAAUCGAGGGUCAGAUUUACAUUAGUACUAGGCAACUGAUUCCACUGUCCGAGCAGAAUCUUGUGGAUUGCUCCACGCGGUAUAAUAACCAUGGAUGCCAUGGUGGAUGGCCAGCAAACGCCCUACACUAUGUAAGGGAAAAUGGUGGCAUUGAUACGGAAAAGGCAUAUCCUUAUGAGGGCCAUGAUUCAUGCUGUCGCUUCAAAAGCAAUAGCAUUGGCGCCAAGAUCAAGGAUGUAGUCAAAGUAGAACAAGGCGAAGAAGCCUUGGCAAAAGCCGUCGCCAAAAUAGGUCCAAUUGCAGUUGCCGUCGAUGCAAGUCAGUGGCAGCAUUAUCGUGGAGGCAUUUAUAGUAAUCCCAAUUGCAACCAACAAGUGAAUCAUGCCGUAACUGUUGUGGGAUACGGCCCCAAUUAUUGGCUUGUCAAGAAUUCCUGGGGUAAUUGGGGAGAACAAGGCUACAUGCGUCUUGCCCGCAACCACAACAAUAUGUGUCACGUUGCCAGCUAUGGCGUCUAUCCACUUGUCUAAAAUCCAAAAUUUAUCAAUCGUUUAUCAUUAUCAAAUGCAUAAUAUUUGAUGAAUAUAACUCUUAUCUUUUUAAGAUUACUUCCUGAACAAAUUUAUUUAAACUUAAAAAUUAACAUGCAAAGCUACUAAAUGAAUGAAUAUCAAUCAAUAAAUCAUCAGAUCUUAUGAAUAAUACCCCUA